AUGCCAUUCAACGACAGCGUUUCAGAAGGUAGCACCAAUGCUAGUGCUAUGGAUACCACCUACCUCGACGAUUCACUGACCGCUGUCCGUCAGAUACCGGUACCGCACAUCUCAAAGCGGUUUCAUGGGCUACCAAGUCUCGAUCCCGAACCCUUUUCUCGCAUGGAAAAGUCUUUUGGCAUAAGGGUGAUGUUGGCCCUUGGAAUCAAUGCUCGGGACGGAAGUUGGUCUUUUUGCGUGUGGGCUCAUUUUGGCUUGAUUGUUGCGACAUCACCAACACCGACUUACGCAGCAGACGCGCGAACCCGCCCAUUUGCACUGCACAGUCCCGUUUCCUCUGCGCGUGCCACCGGCUGCCCCCCUCUCUCCAGUAUUGCUCAAUUGCUUUCAUCCGACCCUACUGUUGCUGCUGGGCCGUCCUCGGAGAAUGCUCCAGCAUCCUCGCCUGGAGAGGAAACCUACGCAGACAUCAUCCACGCCCUAGCCACUGCCUUCCCAAACGAAAUGCAGGACCAGACGCGCCAUGCAGCGCGCCCGACUACGCCUACGGGCUCCUCGAGGCCUCACAAACCUACACGAGCUAUCGACACCGAUCACACCUCGCUCGACACAUUCUUCGACGAUGAUACGCCUGUAGAGAGGACCAAGGCCACCAAAGGGACAGACGGCCACUACGACCCGCUCCGCGACUCCCACGACCUGUCCUUUGCCGAGGGGGCUACCGUCAGGGACUCGGUUGUCGACAACAUGCUGCUCUCGCUGGACCAGUUCGCGACCGGCCAUUUGUUUGGAGACAGCAGGCCUGCCUACGCCGACUACGGCGAAGACGACUUCUUCCUGCGAGACAAUUCCUACCGCCCCCCAGGGAACCGUCACCGCGGCCACACAUACACGUCCUCACGCUCAUCCGACUACGACGUGCACAACGAUGAUGCGGGUCGAUACCACUCGCGCGCCCGCAGGAGCAACAGCAGUAACAAUAUUGGAACGACCGUGAGUAGAAAGGGGAGCAUGAGAGAUGUCUACAAUGGCAGGCAACAGAACGGACCCAACGGACAGCCUCAGCAAGCAGGCCACCUGAGGGGAACUGGCAAAAAGGGCAGCAAGGGCAGCGGGUCUUCGAGUAUGGAUUUUGGCCAGACUGGCAUACUUGGGAACCAGCGACUAGGAUUUGGCAAACGCUCCGCCAGCUUUGAUCAUAGUGGCCUCAGUGAUCGGCCAAGAAACAUGCCUGUCAAGGUUGAAUCCGUGCUGGACAGGGGGAGAAUGGCCUAUCAAACUUACCCAGACGAGUACGAUGCAGCCCCCGAGCCUACGAUACCAGCUGGCCCACGCAGGGUGCAGGAACCACCGCAGUCGCCAGUCACCUAUUCCGCACAGUCACCAUUUGCACCGCCGCAAGCACCUGGUCGCAGGAACAGCAUACGCUCCAACACCAGCUACAGGACCCUGCGCAAGGGCAAGAGCCAGGUAGACCCGAGCAUGAGGGCGCAAGCACAAGAGUUUGUCAAUGCGAGUACACUGCGCGAGUUGCCCAUGGUACCCUCAUUCCAGGAUCCACCUGCCCCCUCACCCACCGUCUCCACACGCAAGCCGCUGUUCCCUACACAGACGCCAGCCACUACUCCACAACAGAAGCCAGGUUUCUUUAGGCGUGUCUUUGGUGGAGGCUCCAAAGCUUCGCCGCAACAGUCCAACUCUACAAGCAGUGCGAAUAGCACCCUGCCAGACUCCAUGUUAAGCUCGACAGAGCAACGAGCUUCGGAAGUCGACUCCGUCUUCUCCCAAACACGGCCGCGUACCACACCGAGCAACAAUGGCCACAUCGCUACUCAGCUAAAAUCACUACCCAAGGCUCCGCAAACGGCAAAUUCACAACGAGAAACACAACUGCCGCCGCCCUCGUUGGCCAAGAAACCAUCCUCGUUCUUCAGGCGAAGGAAGAAGUCCAUGUCAGAGAAUAUGCCGCCCCCUGUCAUGACUCUUGACUUCAGUCCGCCAAAACCAAUAUUACCUGCCCAGCCUAGCCCUGGCGUGAGCAGUUUACGCCAGGUCAUGGACCCGUACCUGAGCCGCGAGAAGCGUGAGCAGCAAUCUGCGGACGAGGAGAAGGGCGGCGAUCGAUCCAGUGGGUUCUCUCCAGGCUACAAACCGCACAAAGACGCCAUAGUCCGCACAGUCAAACCGGGCUCGCGUGGAAAGGACGAGCUGCCUCCACCAUCGUCGCAGGGCGAGCCACUGAAAGCUGCACAGUCGACUGCUACCGAAAGCCCCAAGCUGAAGCUGAAGUUGAAGCACGGUAAAGCAGCAACACAGGCCAGCCAGCAAGGAGAUUCGUUCCUGGCGGAUAGCAGCAGUUGCAGCGAAGAGCGCAGUGGCGUGAGUGAAGUCUGGAAACCUAGUCCUGGUGCUGGUGGCCCCACUUCCAAAGAGCAGUCUGGGUCGGAAGGCAGGAGCGACCGAAACACGCAGGGCGAACAACGGUCCGAACUACUGUCACCCCACGACCCCGUCAAGUCCAGAAGCGGGUCAAUGUCUCAAUCUGCUUCUGAAGUGGAAGACGACGGUUGGGUGCUCACGGAACAAAAGGAAAAGAGGCCCCCGACAGAUCGCAAACCAAGUGCUGGUUCGAAACGCGUGUGGCUGGAUACCACCCUACCGGAAGACAAGUCUGGUGAUACAAAUUACGACCUCAAGCUACCCCUGGAAAGCGCGCGUUCCUCACAACAUUCGCUCGCUCAGCUAUCUGCAUCACCGGAAGAAGACUCCCCCACGUCGCCCAAUGACGUUUUCCACUCCGCCACGAGCCUACCCAUCGUGCAAGUCGAAAGUCGCGAGUCUGACGCCAUGCCUUCCAUCGUUGAGGACCGCUCAAUGCAUACGGAGCCCACCGACUCGGAUCGCGAACGUGCAUUCCAAAUCUACAGUGGCAACGAUUCUGCUGUCCUCAAAGCUGAGGCUGCUGCCAUGUUGGGUGAUGUGACCCUAAGCAGCAUGCGAAUCCGGAAAGCGUUCAUGGACCUGUUCGACUGGACUGGCUUCACCAUUCUCGCAGCUAUGCGUGACCUCUGCGGAAAGAUUGUUUUGAAGGCCGAGACACAGCAAGUGGAUCGUAUCUUGAUGAGCCUGUCAGAGCGCUGGUGCGAAUGCAACAGCAAUCAUGGAUUCAAGGCCGUCGACGUCGUUCACACCAUCUGCUAUUCUAUUCUCCUGUUGAACACCGAUCUCCACAUGGCGGACAUUGAAUCAAGAAUGACUCGCAGCCAAUUCGUCAAGAACACGCUUCCGACGGUCACCCGGGUCUGCAAAGAUGCAAUCAAGGCUGAAGAUGGCGAGACUCUGCGACCGCAAUCCACUCACUUCAGGCGGCCUUCUCUACCAUGGAAUGACAAGUCAGAGCCAACGUCGCCGGGUGUUGACGCAACAGUCUUCCCAGCAGAUGUAACCGAAGAACCGACGGAGAAGAGGGCUCGCAGCCGCCUAUCGAUCAGACCACCGGCUAGAAGUGGAUCCGAUGGAAUCCUCUCCCAUGAUUCUGCUACGGGCGAAUCUAAUACACUCGUCAACGCGCCAUACAACGGGCCAAUGCGUGGCUGGGAGUUUCAGAUUGAGAUUGUGCUCAAGGAAUUUUAUGAUUCCAUUCGUAAGCAACGAUUGCCACUUCACGGUGUCUCCAAUCUCUCUGUACAUCACCAGCCAUCCAGCAAUAACCUCUCUGUCAGCAAUAUGCUUCGCCGUACACCGAGUGUAUUGAGCAAGGCUCCGUCCGACAACGUAAGCUACCGCAGCCGCGCACAGGGCGACUUCCGCAGUGUAGGCAGUCGCUGGGCUACUAAGAACCGCUCAAAGCAAAAGCUGUAUCCUUCAUCCACUGUUGCAUCAAGUCGGACCAGCCUGGACGAUGGCUCGGUUUGGAGCCCAGCAGGAUCUAGCACCUGGAGUCGGUACUCGUACGGCAAAACCGGAACAUCAAUGUCCAUGGACUCUUUGGGCUCUCAUUUCGCCGCUGGAGACUACCAACAAGCCAUCGGCUUUGCCAAUGCGCUGAGCCAGGCUAUCAUUCGUGAAGAAGGAAUGACCAUUGCUAGUGACGAGGAAUUCUCGCGCGUUGCGCCGCUCCUGGAAGACGAGACGCUGGAGCUUGUAGGUGCACCCUGGGCAAAGGAAGGUAUCGUCAAGCACAAACAUCACUUGGAGUCAUCGGACAAAAAGGCCAAGGACCGAGCAUGGAGCGAGUGCUUUGCCGUUGUUGAAAAGGGUUACAUGCGUCUAUUUUCCUUCAACAUGAAUUCGAGGUCAGUACGCAACAAAAGUAAGCUACGGCCUUCUAUUGGCGGUGUUGUCGGAGGUGGCAACUGGAUGGACAAUGCAGAGGCGCUGGAAAGCUUUCCGCUCCGACAGACGAUUGCUAGUGCUCUUCCGCCACCUGGCUACUCCAAGUCGCGGCCUUAUGUCUUCGCUCUAUCUCUACCCACGGGUGCUGUUCACCUCUUCCAAGUGGGGACGCCUGACAUUGCCAGAGAAUUUGUGUGUACCGCCAAUUACUGGUCAGCUCGUCUGUCCAAGGAACCCCUCAUGGGUGGUGUCAGUAGCAUGGAAUACGGAUGGGGCGACACUGUGAUCAACCCAGCUCUCAUUCGACAGGACAGCGCCCCCUCAGUCAAAGGUCACAUGCCUCGUCCCAGCGUGACAAGCUCGCUCCGCAGCUCAAUCGACCAUGCGCCAGGCACGCCCAAGCCCAGACUUCCUGGCGACAAGGUUGUGCUUUCAGACUGGAGCCCACCGACUUCAAGCAUGAUGGCUAGCAAUCUAAUGGAAGUGGACCAACUGAGAGCAUUGACCGACUAUGUUAAGAAUAUAGAAAGCGAGCUGGCCCACCACAACGAAUUGAGGGCGCCUCUCCUGAUCGCAUUCUCACCACGACAUCCCAACGCGGCCCGUGCCAUGGCCAAUUGGGAACGCAAAUCUCAAUAUCUCCUCCGAGAGAUUGUCAAGUUCCGCACCUACAUCGACACCCUAACCAUGGCCCAAAACCAAAAACAAAAAAUCUAUGCUGAACGCGAAGCUCGUGAGCGCGAAGAAGAGCUCGCCAAAGGAGAAGGAGGUGAUGGGCUCAGAGCCACAGGAGAAGAUGGUGCGAAAGAAGCCCCUACCGCUUCCGAAUGCACCACAGAAAAGCCCAGCUCAAAACCCUCCGAACCUCCAGAUUUCCUCUUACACCCAUAA